AUGCAAUGUUUGUGGUAUGACAACUCAUUUCUGAAGAGAGUUACUCUUCCUUCACUCUGCUUCAUCACUUCACUCCUCUCAUCUCCUUCAUCACCCCACUCCUCUCAUUCCUUCUCCUUUGAUCAAUCUUUUAAACAACAGGGAAGGUCAGCAAAAGAUGCUACUAGAAGAACUCUGAAGACCAAGAUUAAAGUGUUGACAGAUCAAUUCCAUGCCGAGAGAGGGGAAUCAGUUAAAGAGAAAGUUCAAAGACACUGGAGAAACCUUGAGCCUUUUUUUCCAACGGUUAAGACUGUAUUAUCAGGGAAUGAGUAUUUGCAGGCUGGGGAAAACGUCAAUAUGCUGUCUUUGAGAAUUGACCACCCUAUAUGUAAACUCAUUGGGUUCCAUGAAGCUACAUUAGAGGAGGAUCAGAUCAAUAAUGUGGACAUAUCAUCAGCAGAUAGUGUUAGGAUUCCAAAGAAGGAAAGAUUACCACCAUAUACGUCUUGGGUAUAUGUGGCCAGAAUAAAUGAUGUUGGUCAACCGGAAUUUUUUGUUAAGUGGCCACAACUAUCAGAAGUUGAAAGUUGCCGGGAGAAGUUUCUGAAAAUGUUCUGCAGUUCCACCUUGAGGACAAGAUGCAUCUUAAUGGGGAGAAAUGAGAAAAUGGACGAAGAACAAUCAGUUAUCGGAAAAUACCAAAUGUACUAUGAUCAAAGUAGAGGUGAAAUGAUGAUAUGCAGUGAUAAUGAGGAGGAGAAGCCAGAAACCAAGGAAGUCAAGCAUGAAUUCACCGAGGCUGAAGACCAAAUCUUGAGGAUGACACUCGAGGAAUAUGGGUCUACUAAGGAGGUAUUGAGUAUCAUUAAAGAUAUUUUUGAGACGAAUGCUUCCCAAAUUCAGGAGAGGUAUGAAAAACUAAAGGAAAAGAAUAUGGAGAGUCUGGAUCAAAAUUCUAAAGAUUGUCAUUGUAAAGGAUGUGAAAAUCAUCUUGGAAUAUGUUUGGAGAAAAGUUUGAGUGGGACUUUAGAAACUUUUGAUAAACUCUUCUGUCGUCGAUGUUUGGAUAAAAGUGUUACACCAAUGGAAGAGGACUCCACAUUGCCUCCUAAUGAGGCUCAGAGUUCUUGUAAGCUGAAUAGAAUCUCAGAUGAUACCAUUAUCAAAAUUGGGAAUCAGUACAGUGAACUAAAUUUGGAUGCUGGUGACAAAGAAAACCACACAACAUGUCGUGCAUCUUUGAAAGAUCUUGUUGAGCAUGCUUCAGAGAAAUUGUCAGUUUCUGGUAGCUUUGACCACAGUGAGCAGGACAAAGGAGUUAUGAGUGAACAAACAGAUCUUAUGAAGGAGAUAGAAUUUAAUGAGAUGUCCAUUUCAAGGGAAGUGCAAGCUGAUGAGAUGAUAAGUGAAUCAGAUUGGAGACCACUUGAGAGAGAUUUAUAUUUGAAGGGAGUAGAAAUCUUUGGAAAAAAUAGUUGCCUUAUAGCCACUACCUUACUUCCUGGCUUGAAGACUUGCUCUCAAGUAGCUAAGUAUAUGUUUGCUGGUGGAGAGUCAGUGUUCCAUGCAUCCACUUCAAAUUCAAUCAUGGAUAGAAAUGAAAGGACCAAUGCAGAGUGCACAGACCUAGAAGUGGCAUCAACAAGAUUGAGGUCACAACGGAAAAAGUGCAAACCUAAGAAGUUCAACUAUAUUCGAAAGUCUGCUGGUCUCCCACCUAGGAAUGCUCUUGUCUUCUUAAUGGAACUUGCUGUGAAAAAUAUUGUGGGUGUUCAAAGCAAUGCAAAAAUCGAUUCAGAGGGUGUCAUUGUACUAAGAGUCAAUGCAGAAGUCGAUUAUGUCCGUGCUUUGCAGCCAAUCGUGAAUGUGACCCAGAUGUCUGUCGAAAUUGUUGGAUUAGGAGAGUACACGGGUGAACUAAUCCCUCCUGAAGAAGCAGAAAAACGUGGGAAACUAUAUGAUCGUAUCGACACUUCCUUCCUUUUUAACCUCAAUAAUGAGGCAAGUUGGGUUAUUGAUGCUCGUCGCCUUGGAGACAAACUAAAAUUUGCGAACCAUUCAUCAAAACCCAACUGCUAUGCAAAGGUGAUGCUUGUUGGAGGAGAUCAUCGAGUCGGCAUAUUUGCCAAGGAAAACAUUCAAGCUGGUGAUGAGAUUUUUUAUGACUAUUGGUAUGAUCUAGAUUGUGCACCAUCAUGGGCUCUUCCACCUGAAGACAGUGCUUCCAGAAGAGAUGAAUUAGUCACUUCUCAAAGCAAGGCAAAGAAACGUUAG